ACCAAUGUUCCUCUCCGCUCCUCACAUCUCCUCCCUCCCCCAUCCUCCCUCCUCCCUCCUUCAGCUCUUCAGUUACACCAUCCACACCACUCUCUCAACCCCCCGCACCAUUCCCACAGCUCUCUUGCCAUGGUCCUGCAUGGCCCUAUCUCGUGCCUAGUGAGCUCCUAGCCCUGCAUUAUCUCGUACACUCUACAGCAACCAGCGUACUUUCUUGGCCGUGGAUCCAUUCCUCCUCCUCUCGCCUUCAUCGCUAGUCUUAACACUCAUAGAAUACUGGCAUCGUGGGUAGAACCGACCCGAACCCGUUGUCGAGCUUGCCGAACCUCAAGCAAGCCUGAAUCCUGCACCCUUGAUUCUCGAGCCUCGGCUUCUUCCGAACCGCGAGCCUCACUCCAUUGUUUCGCCCAUCGCUCCUGGAACCUCUCUGCGGACGGUGCAACGUCGGUCGGUCGUCUGUCGGACGUCGGUCGGACUCCUGAAAUUCUUACGAAAGCCUUCCUCUCGGGGAGAGCCGCUUGGGAGUGAGUCCCUUGGGUAUCUUCGGCUCGUCGAACACACCUUCUAAUAGCGCUCCGUCUUGCCCGCUAUCAGCGGCUGACGACUCGUGGAGUCACCAUAUUCCAUCCCCAUCCCCAUCCCCAUCCCCAUCACCAUCCCCAUCACCAUCACCAUCCCCACUGGUACUAGCAGCCCCAUGUAACUACAGCGACUGCUAUCAACCGAGUACGGCUCGGCGGAAGAAUAAGCCCGCUCGCGUCUUUCAGUCGGCGGUCGACUCGAAACAGAGGCUCGCUUUCCAAGGCUAGUCAAGAGUUCCGAGUUCCAACAGCGCGUGUGCGUUCGCGUGCGCGUGUGUGCUCUUUGAAGAGCGACGAGGUUGAAAGAACGACCCAAGUCUUAGAGCGCGCGCACCAACGGGCGUUUUCACCGUCUAUUACGAACGGUAGCCGCUGCUUCCGCAGCUGCUAUCGCCGCUGCCGCUGCCUCUGUUGUGAAAGCGGAAAGCAGCGCGAUAGGCGGAAAGCGGAGAGAAGCGCUAUAGGCGGAAGGCGGAGCAGGGAUGGAGGAGGAAAGAAGAGGGGAGGGGAGGGAGAAGCUCUUACCAGCAGCAGGCCGCGGCAGUGGCAGGAGAAAGGGCGACGGCGAGAAGAGGCGGCAGGGAAACCAGAGGGAUCAAUGGGAGCACAUGCAGCAGACGGAGCAGACGGAGCAGCCAGAGCAGCCAGAGCAGGCGCAGCAGGCGGAGCAGUCGGAGCAGCAGAGGCAGGAGGGAGACAUGGACUCACUCGAGUUAACGCUGCGGAGCCCAGGGAUGCUGGCGUCAGGCCCUCACGGCCUCGCCAAGUCAACCAAGUCAAGGGGAGUCAACGAGGCGGGAGCGGCCGGACGCGGCAACAGCCACAGCAGCAGCAGGUGGUUCGAACAGCAGCAACAGCAGCAGCAGCGGCGGCAAGGCGUGGUUCCAGCAGGUUCAACAGGGUCCGAAUGGCGUUUUUGGGAGAGAGACAGCAGCAGGAAUGAGACAGCUGGGGCUGUUUCCUGCCGCACCGACGGAGGGGAGUUGACUCUCGCAACGGGAAGCAUACGUCUCGGGCUGGGACCUCUGGGUGCAGAGUCCGCAGCAGGGGCAGACGGAGCGGCAGGAGCAGUAGGAGGAGAAAAUACAGCAGAGGCAGCAGCUGCGAGGCUCUCGUGCUCUGGUGCAGCCAGCGCGGUGAUAUCUGGAGAAGAUACGGUGCAGAGGUUUGCAUCUGAAGCUCGUGGCAGUCUUGUAACGAGUACAGGUGCUGCUGGGAUGGAGCAAGGACAGGAUAUGUGGCUGUGGGGUGCGGGUGGGGAGAGAUGGGGCGCGGUGGAGAGGGGUACGCAUGAAGACGGGAGGCAUAGAGUGGGGGCCGUUGGGAUGGGUGGGAUGGGUGGGAUGGUUGACUUGGAGAGACGGUUGUGGAUGGGAGAGGGGGAGCAGGAAAAAGUGAGGGAGGAGGAGGGAGUGGGCAUGGAGGUGGAUGGGAGGGAGACCGAUGGCAACGUGGGUCCCUCCUGUGCUUUAACCCUUCUGGCCGAAGCACUGCAGCAGAAUCCGUGCAACUGGGGAGUAGGGACGGACCGAAGAAGAGGAACGGCCAGUCGUGCUGAUGGCGCCGCUGCUGAUGCUGCUGAUGCUGAUGCUGCUGCUGCUGAUGCUGCUGCUGCUGCUGCUGCUGCUGCUGAUGAUGAUGAUGUUGAUGAUGAUGAUGAUGAUGAUGGUGAUGAUGCUGGUGAUGCGGGUGGGAUCAGCAGUGGUGUGGAUGAUCAGAGCGGCGAUGGUGGUGGUGAUGGUAGCGGUGGUGAGAGGAGAGGAGGGAGAAGGGAGAAAGGAGGGGGUGUGGACGGGCACGUGAGUGGGAACGGGAACGGGAACGGGAAUGGGAACGGGAAUGGGAACGGGAACGGGAAUGGGAGGCAUGUGGAUAAGAAGCGGCAUGUGGGUGAAUUCGCGGAUGCCGGCACACCAAGAUGGAAAGGAGUGGCCGCAGCAGCAGCAGCAGCAGCAGCAGCAGCUGCAGGAGCAGCAGGAGCAGGAGCCGGAGCCGGAGGAGGAGGAGGAGGAGGAGGAGGGGGGGAGGAGGAGGAGGAGGAGGAGGAGGAGGAGGAGGAGGAGGAGGAGGAGGAGGAGGGGGAGGGGGAGGAGCAUCAGGAUGACAGCUCACGACUGGACCGUCCGCAAUCGCAGAACGGUGAGGGGGAGAUGGAGGCUUGGCGAGCGCAAGAGCAUCAGGCUCAAAACCAGGUGGCGGGUGAGGAGGGGGAGCAGCAGCAUGCGAUGCAGGAAAACAAGCGACAGUCGGCGCCACAGCGCCAGCAGCAGCAGCAGCUGCAAGAGCAAGAAGAAGAAGGAGAAGAAGAACAGCAACAGCAACAACAGCAGCAGCAGCAGCAGCAGCAGGAGGGGAGCAGCAACAAGGGCGUGUGCAGCUUGGAGCAAGUCUCAGCCCUCUUCACGAGCGCUCCCGACCCCCAGCUCCCCUGCCCGCGCUGCCACAGCAGCAAUACUAAGUUCUGUUACUUCAACAAUCGUAACCCCAACCAGCCAAGGCACUUCUGCCGCGGCUGCCAGCGCUACUGGACCGCCGGAGGGGUCAUUCGGCACGUUCCUGUGGGGUCGGGCAGACGGAAAAGCAGGCAGCAGCAGCAGCAGCAGCUGGCACCGCAGCAGAAUCAACCACCAGUGGCAGCACCAGCAGCAGCAGCAGCAGCAGCAGCAGGAGCGGUGGAUAUAGCGGAUCUCCAUGCGCUGACCGCUGCUGCUGCAGCUGCCGCCGCCGCUGCUGCUGCUAUGUCUUCUGGGAGAGUGCACCCAGGGGGGGAGGCAGCACAUGCUGCUGCAGCUGCUGCUGCGAUGGCUGCCAUUCGCGCCCUCCCUCCUCCUCCGACCCCUGUGACUGGGGCGGGGAACGCUCGUGCUGUGGCAGAGGCAGUAGUGGAAGCAGCUGCAGAAGCAGCAGCAGCAGCAACGGCAGAGAUAGCAGCAGCACGGGCAAAGGCGCCUUCUGCUCCUUCUGCUCCUCCUGCUGCUGCCGCGACUGCUGCUGCUGCUGCGUUAGGUGCAACAGGCAUGAAUACGCCUGGGAAAACCUCAGCUGCAACUGCUCCCGCUCCUGCUGCUUCUACUGCUGCUGCUUUUCCUGUUGGUGUUUCUGCCGCUGUUGCCGCUGCUGCAAUGGCGGCAGCAGCUGCUGCCGCAGCACCAGCUGCAUCCCCUGCAGCAGGAUUCCCCGGCUGGAACCAUUUACUUCCCACAUUACCGCCUCCGAUUCAAAUCCCAUUCGCGCAUAACUACCCUGGAUUCCCGUUCCUCUCCCCCUUCCACACCUUUUCCAGUGUGGAAUUAGCAGCGGCUGCAGCUGCCGCAGGAGCAGGAGCAGGAGCAGGAGCAGGAACAGGAGUAGGUGCAGGUGGAGGUGCAAGAAUAGGUGCAGGGGCAGCAAUCAACAGUUCGUCAAGCCAUGCAAGUCCAUCCCUUUCUGACGUCUCCUUGCAGGGGCAUCAUGGGCCUCUUGCCUUCGCUUAUCCUUCGGCUGCUUUUCUCUCGGCUGGCCUUUCUGGCCCCAGCAGCCUACAGCACGCCCUUAGUGCGUUCUUCAGUGGUGCCACUGCUGCGGCUGGUGCUGCUGGUGCUGCUGGUGCCACUGGUGGUGCUGCUUCUACUUCUGCACUCGGUGCUGCUUCAUUCGGCGCGUUCGCCUCUACCCUUGCCCCUGCAACUUCAAUUGCAGCUGCUUCUGCAGCAGCAGGAGGAGCCGUUUCUUGGGGUAGCAGCAAUGGCCACGCGCAGCUGCCUUACCUCACUUCCUUUCUUCCAGGUGCAUUUUCGUUUCAGCUGCCGCAGCAGCAGCUCCAGCAGCAGACGCAGCAGCAGCAGCAGCAGCAGCAGCAGUACUACUGAAUAAAGUGUGUUUGAGCAGGCUGCUCCAAGAGCAACUGCAACAGCAAUGCUCCUCGUGCGUCAGCAUAAGGUCCUGUGUAAACAGAUGCAACGACUAAGAACACACCGGUAUCCCAAGUCUCUUGUCGUCGUCAUCUCAACAGCCUGACUUUUACUUACCACACGUGUAUCAGCCACCCUUGUGCAGUUCACUCUGGUGGUGCUACUGUCACCACCACGCCCGUACCCACGCGGUUUCCUUGCGACACGACUUUUUCCUUCCAGGGAGCUUCUACCCUUUCUCCCGGAGCACUGGUCUGAAUUACAGUCAAUAU